AAACUCCAUAUGAUCUGGCAGUAGCAAAACUGAAGUUUGAAGUAGUGGAAUACUUGCAGACAGUUAUGUCAGAGAAAUCCUCAAGUGUUCCUGUAGGACCGAAAAUUGAAGAUUCCGUCCGAUCUGCCAUGUUGGACAAGUUGCUUGGCAGUGGAAGCUAUGAAUCAUUUGACAUGCGCUGCAUGGUUACCGGCCAGUUCGCCGUUGGAAAAUCAAGUCUGGUCAAGCUUUUAGUUGGGGAUAAUGUUCCAGAAGGGAGACAACCCACCGAUGGCAUUUCGCUCAUAGAAGGUCGCUGUGGCCUUGAUAUUGAGACCAGAAGUUGGAUCAUGAUUGAUCCAGCAACUUAUAAUGCCUUGGAUGUUGUAUACAAUAAAGUGUUAAUGACCUCCGAAGAAGAAGAUGAAAGUAAGCAAACAAAAACACCAGAAAAACCUGAAUCGGAUGAAAAACCUGUUGAUAGUCCAAAUAAAGAAGAUACUCAUUCUCAGAAGUCUGAAGCCACCAGGUCAACAGAUUUCCCUGUGAACCUCUCAGAUGAACCCACUACACAGCCACAAGCAGCCCAAUCUUUGUCACUACAGAUGUCCUCCAGUGAGUCUAAAAGACAGCAAAUGAAGAAGAAAAUGACGACCAAAAUGACCAAAAAGGAAAUAAGAAAGAGAAUGGAGAAAGUCCUCAAAAGUGGGAAAUAUAAAAUGAAAGUUGGCCGACUCAUCUUCUGGGACUUUGGUGGACAGUAUGUGUAUUACACAACACAUCAGACUUUCAUGACAUUCAGAGCCUUGUUUCUGGUAGUUUUUGAUGGUAGUAAAAGAUUGAAUGAAGAAGUCCCUGAUGUUCUGUGUUUUCCAGGGCAACACAUGACACCAACCCCAGCAGUCUUUUUACUACACUGGGUGAACUCAAUCCUUACCUAUUGUAAAGUGGUGUAUGCUGGCAUCCCUAAGAUCUUGUUUGUUGCCACCCAUAAGGACAAGAUACCAGUGGAGGAUGUAGAAGCCAGACGUGCAAUAUUGUACAGCGAAGUAGAGGAAUUAUUCAGGGACCAUGACGGAAGAAACCAUCUCGUCCUUGACAAACAAAUAUUUGUCAAUGCAACUGAUAAAGCUGAUCAAGAAAUUGAAUCCCUGAAAAAAGCCAUAACAGAGCUAACUUUCGACCAUCCAUGUUGGGGGGAGAGGAUGCCAAACGCUUGGGUCCCACUUGAACUGGAGAUAGCUGAGUUGGUUGCUGCAGGAAAACAAAUUCUGUCAUUGGAAGAAGUUGAAGAAUUAAAUACAAUCAGCAAGGUGUCCGUUCUGGAUGUAAAACAACUUCAGGAGUUCCUCCAUUUCCAGCACUCGCUGGGGAAGAUCGUGUACAUUGAUACCCAGCAGCUCAGAGAUUAUGUCAUAAUCAACCCACUACUUAUGGUGGAGGUCAUGAGAUCAUUUGUGACAGACAAAGUAUUUUGGCCAAAGAAAAGAAGAAUGCAGGAAAUUUUCAGAAGAAUGUCAGACAGUGGGAUAAUAUGCAGAGGAGAUAUGUACAGCAUUUGGGACCAAAAGGACUUCCGGGCAAUUCUACCAUACAAAGAGUUUAUAUUCAACAUCCUCAUUUAUUUAGACAUCCUGGCAGAGCAACGUAGAUAUGAUAUAGCUUCAGGAAUGCGGUUACCAGUAGAGAACUAUUUUGUUCCCUGUAUGGUCACUGAAAGAAAUACCUCCAGCUUCAUGGUCAAAGAAUGUAAACCAGGAAGAGCUAUUUGCUUAGCAUUUGUUUUUAAAGGGACUGUUAUACCACCAGCUUUACCUAAUCGUCUGAUUAGCGCAUGUCUGAGCAUGUGGUCUCUAAAACAGUAUGAAGGGAGAAAGCUCCUCUUUUCAGGAUUUAUUGUAGUAUCCUUUGACAAGGCACAUGAUAUUGUAGUAUGCGUUGAAGGUAAUAAGAUUCUUCUGUAUAUAGUCCAUACCACCUCUGCUGGACUUAUAGUACCAGAUAUAGCCACUGGUGUUAAGGAAUGUUUGGUUACAACAAUGGAGAGAAUUUCAGAUUUUUAUCAGUCCACGAUCCAUAUUAACCGCAGCCAACAGUUACCUUUCCAUAUUGAGUAUUCAUGUUCUGAGUUGAAAUGCUUCAUUAAUGAAGAAGAAGCUUUGCAGACCGAUGAAUGGGUUUGUGAUAAGCAUCACUUAACACAUAGAGUGGGAUUCUCCGCUGUUUGGAACCAAGCAAAGAAGAUAGAACAGUGUGAGCAGAAUUGUCAAGGUUUAAGUGAUGAUGCUUUAAACCAAAAACCAAGUGACAUAGAACUCUUGCGUUUAUCCAUUAAAUGUUCAUCAAGUCAAAUGUACAAAUUAGUUACAUAUCUAGAAAUGUCUGAGAAAUGGGAUGAUAUUCAGCACAAUUAUCAAAAUAAUGUAGAGGUAGCAAAGUUUUUGGUUCUAUCAAAAUGGAAAGAGAUGAAAGUGGAUAGCAAAUUCAGAGCACUUGCAGAAGCACUGACAAAUAUGGAUAUAUCAACACAUAUCUUGUGUCAAGUAAGAAGAGUCAAAAGAGCAGAGCAUGAUAUUCCUGUAGAAUACUUAGAUUGUAUUCCGACAGAUGAGGUUUUGGAUGCAUUAGCACCACAAAUAGGUCAGAUAUUUUUUCAACUUGGUGCUGAAAUUGGGUUGUCAAUAGCAAACUUAGAAAAUAUACAGAGCAAUAAUUACCAAGACUUAGCUGCUCAGAAUAAGGAAGUUCUGUUUAUAUGGAGAGAAGACAGAACAGUAAAACCUACACUACAGGUACUGGUACAGGCUUUGGUUAAUGUUGGGAGAGGAGCACAUUGCUUGCAGGAAGUUUUGAAGAAUGUGGAUCUUAAUACCCUUAGAGGGUCGAAAGAAGUUAGAGGUAGAGGUGCAAUUCCCAAGAAACUGAAGAACACAUCUGAACAGAAGCCACAUAGUCAGAAAAAAGGGUCAAAGAAAUGUUCAAUAGCUUGAAAUAGUCACAACAAAAUAUAUAUUCAGAACAACUUUGUAAUCUGUCGAAAAGUAAUUGAUAGACAAUAACCGAGGUGAAAGCUAUCAAAUUGAAUUAAUUCUCAUUACUUUAAGAUGCAGUGAUUUUGAACUUUAAAAACACAUGUCGUACCACACUUGGUAGGAUAAUUUCUUUGCAGUGUAGAAAUGUUUUGUGGUUCUUUUCGAUAAGAAAAGUGCAACACAUCAAAUGUACCAUUAGAUAUUUCUAAAUUCAUUUUUAGCUCACCUGGCCCGAAGGGCCAAGUGAGCUUUUCUCAUCACUUGGCGUGCGGCGUCCGGCGUCUGUCGUCGUUAACUUUUACAAAAAUCUUCUCCUCUGAAACUACUGGGCCAAAUUUAACCAAACAUAGCCAAAAUCAUUAUUAUAGUAUCUAGUUUAAAAAUUGUGUCCAGUGACCCAGCCAACCAACCAAGAUGGCCGCCAUGGCUAAAAAGAACAUUAGGGUAAAAUGCAGUGUUUGGCUUUUAACUCAAAAACCAAAGCAUUUAGAGCAAAUCUGACAAAGGGUAAAAUUGUUUAUCAGGUCAAGAUCUAUCUGCCCUGAAAUUUUCAGAUGAAUCGGACAACCCGUUGUUAGGUUGCUGCCCCUGAAUUGGUAAUUUUAAGGAAACUUUUGCUAUUUUCGGUUAUUAUCUUGAAUAUUAUUAUAGUUAAAGAUAAACUGUAAAUUGGAAAAAUGUUCAGCAAAGUAAGAUUUACAAAUAAGUUGACAGGUCCAAAAUGGUCAGUUGACCCCUUUAGGAGUUAUUGCCCUUUAUAGUCAAUUUUUAAUCAUUUUAUUGUAAAUCUUAGUUAUCUUAUACAAAAAUCUUCUCCUAAAACUACUGGGCCAAAUUUAACCAAACAUGACCAAAAUCAUUAUGAGAGUAUCUAGUUUAAAAUUGUGUCCGGUGACCCGGCCAACCAACCAAGAUGGCCGCCAUGUCUAAAAAUAGAACAUAGGGGUAAAAUGCCUGUUUUGGCUUAUAACUAAAAAACCAAAGCAUUUAGAGCAAACCUGAGAUGAAGUAAAAUUGUUUAUCAGGUCAAGAUCUAUCUGCCCUGAAAUUUUCAGAUGAAUCGGACAACCUGUUGUUAGGUUGCUGCCCCUGAAUUGGUCAUUUUAAGGAAAUUUUUGCUAUUUUCGGUUAUUAUCUUGAAUAUUAUUAUAGAUAGAGAUAAACUGUAAACAGGAAAAAUGUUUAGCAAAGUAAGAUUUACAAAGUCAUCAAGUCCAAAUUUUCAGUUGACCUCUUUAGGAGUUAUUGCCCUUUAUAGUCAAUUUUUAAACAUUUUUCGUAAAUCUUAGUUAUCUUAUACAAAAAUCUUCUCCUCUGAAACUACUGGGCCAAAUUAAAUCAAACUUGGCCACAAUCAUCAUUGGGAUAUCUAGUUUAAAAAUUGUGUCCGGUGACCCGGCCAACCAACCAAGAUGGCUGCCAUGGCUGAAAAUAGAACAUAGGGGUAAAAUGCAGUUUUUGGCUUAAAACAUAAAAACCAAAGCAUUUAGAGCAAAUCCGACAAGGGGUAAAAUUGUUUAUCAGGUCAACAUCUCUGCCCUGAAAUUUUCAAAUGAAUCAGACAACCCGUUGUAAGGUUGCUGACCCUGAAUUGUUAGUUUUAAAGGAAAUUUUGCUGUUUUUGGUUAUUAUCUUGAAUAUUAUUAUAGAUAGAGAUUAACUGUAAA